AUGCUCUAAAUAAAUAAAAAAUUGCUUUUUAAUUUUAUAAUAUUUCCUUUUUUUUUUUAUUUUUUUUUUAAAAAAUUUAUACACUACAAUAUAUAUUUGAGAAUAUUAUCAAUUUAUUAAAAAAAUAAAAAAAAAUCAAUUUAUAAAUUUUUUAAUAAAAUUAUUAAUAUCAGUAUGUUCUAAAUGUUUAUCUGCAUCAAAAAUUAUUUCUUACAAUUUGCAAAAUUCAUCUUAAAUAAGAAACUCCGAAGUAGUAUAAUAAAUAUUAAAAACAGGAUUAAUAAACCUAUCAUAAAUAAUAGAAUCUAUCUUUUGUAUUUAAUCCUAAUAUUCUUUUUAUUCAUAAGCAGGAUCUACAAAAAUAUUAUAAAUAAUGCUUAAAACAUUACAUACGGAUUCAAUAAUAGUUUAAAAGUUUAUAUUUUCUGGUAAACUCAUAGUUUUAGUUAAAAUAUUAAAAUUUUAUUCUAUAUCUUUAGAAGUAGUUUUUUCUUAUAUAACACAGUUUAGUUCUGCUCUUAUUAAAUCGCAACUUAAUUUGGGUAAAGCUGA